GGGGCUAGGAUGGGUGCUCAAGAGCCGCAGCAGCCACAGCAGUUGCAGCAGCAGCCACAGCAGCAGCAGCAGCAGCAGCAGCAGCAGCAGCAGCAGCAGCAGCAGCAGCAGCAGCAGCAGCCGCAACAGCAGCAGCAGCCGCAACAGCAGCAGCAGCAGCAGCAGCAGCCGCAGCCAUGGGCCCGCCUCCCGCCAGGGUGGCCGGGAGCACCUGGAGCUAAAACGCACCAUGGUGCGUAUAUCCGGAGGGGUGCCAUAUCGGAUGUGCCAAUGAUACGCACCCCCCCAUUUUCCAGAUUCUAAUCCCUAUACGCACCCCCCUUUUCCCCGCUUGGUAGGUUGUUACUGAACCUUUCUGUAGAGGGUACAAACCCCUUCUUGUACUCUUCUCUCUUCCUAAACAA